AUGCCUCGAGGCAGACCCAAAAAGACCAUCACCCCAUGUCGGUACUGUGGGAAGCAGUUCAAGCGGCAGGAGCACUUGCUCCGGCAUGAGCGCACGCAUACGCGUGAAAGGCCUUUCGUCUGCGAUUGUGGACAGAGCUUUACCAGACGAGAUCUUUUGUCGCGCCAUUACAAGUUAUCGCAUCUUUCGCUACAGAACGUCUCAUCACCGUGUGCAGAAGUGGCGCCAGAACCGACCACCGACGAAAUCACCGAGGGAAUUACAGGUGAUUCAGAUCUCUUCUGGGAUCCCGACUUUUUCAUGCAAGAUAUGUUGCCAGCCACGCUCUUUGACAGCAGCUUUCCGCUGAUCGACGUGCCACCAAGGAUUCAACCCGCGCCUUCGAACGGCUUUCCACUUUUCAGUUCACACCUCCCCCGCACGAAUGAUAUUGAGGAUGACUUCGAAGCCAACGAACCGGCCGAUGGCGUUACCUGUCAGCCUGCCGUACCGUGGUCUGUCUCGGGCGUUGAAUAUGACAAAUUCUGCCUCAGAGUCCGGGCUUAUUCGGAAGUACUUCCCAUUGGUUGUGCCCUGCCCUCCAGGAACGCCCUGGCCCGGAAUUUGGAAGGAUAUUUCAGGUGUGUUCAAGAACAUCUUCCAUUUGUCCACCCUGCGACAUUUUCAAUUGAGCGGAAGGACGUCGAGCUAGUCCUGGCUGUGACUGUGCUCGGCGCUCUGUACAGAUUUGAAUACUCAGGAUCUUUCGAGCUGUAUUCUAUCGCGAAGGCAAUUUUGUUGGAGAAGAUACGUCGUGAGGACUUCCAGUUGUCAUCAAGCCUCCUGUCUGGACAGAGUGAUUCGAUACGCGACAAGAGAAACAGUGUAGGAAAAUUACAAACGUUCGUCUUGCUCAUUACCUUUGCAUCUUGGACAGACAAGGAUAUUCUACCAGAUGCGCUUUCCAUGAGCAAUCGGCUGGCGACGCUGGUCAGGCAGAAUGAAAUAUCAGGGUCGGAUGAAAUGCCACAGGAUGCUGACUGGCCGUCGUGGAUCGCUAUCGAGGAAAGGCGAAGGACAUUAUUUGCAGCCUACGUGCUGUUAAACAUGCACAGUAUCGCUUUUAACACACCUCCUUUGAUUCUGAAUCAUGAAAUUGGCUCUUUUCUGCCCAGUAACGCAGAGCAAUGGAAGUCGACGAGUGCAAGCGAAUGGCGCCAGAGCCCCCGUCAGGUCGAGCGGAGCUUUCAGGAAGCUCUUUGCGCGGUCCUAGACGGCAAAGGAAACCCGGAAGAUGCAGGUCUGUCUCCGUUUUCCAGUUAUUUACUCAUCCAUGGGCUGCUUCAGCAGAUCCUUAUCAAGCGCCGGGGUUGUUCAGGAUCGCUCCAGCCAGAGACCAUCAAGUCCUUUGAGACUGCGCUCCGUGCCUGGCAGUUAUCCUGGGAGCUCACUCAUGAAGCCACCCUCGAUCCGCUGUCGGCCAAGGGACCACUGGGGCUCAAUGCAACUGCCUUGCUGCGACUUGCUUAUAUCCGUCUGAAUUCGAACUUGGGCCUGAGUCAAGGACUUUUCUCGCACGAUUUGCGAUGCAUCACUGGUGCGAGACCGUCUCUAAACAGGUCGCCCUACAUUGAUCGAGCUGUUCUCCAUGCUGCACAUGUCUUGAGUAUGCCAGUGCGUCUGGGACUCGAAUUGAUUGCUCGCAUCAAAUUACCUUUCCGGAGCAUCGAGCAUUCGCUAUGCAGUCUCGAAUGUGCUCUUCUGCUCAAAGACUGGCUUGAGUUGAUUUCGACGGUUGUAAGCUCUUGUGGCGUCGAAGGACUACGUCCAGCCGAGAAGAGGCUUCUGGAAAUCAUCAGGGGGAUUAUUGAAGAGACCUCCUUGGCCGAGACGCCGGACAUCCUGGAAGAUGAUGUAUUUCGUAUUCGAUGGAUGGCUACGACGGUGGUCCAGUUGUGGGCUAGAAUGUUUCAAGGCGCUCAUGUUCUGGAGAUCGACAACGUCAUUUCGGCUGGUCUCCAACUCCUAACCGAUGCUUCUUAG